AUGACGAAGAAGUUCGAGUUCAACUGGCAGAUCCCGGUGCCGGAACCGCUCCUGACGGGGUGCGUGUUCGACCGCUGGACCGAGGAAAAGGACAACAACGAGCUGGAACCGAACUGCACGUUCAAGGUGGACGAGUACGGGUUUUUCAUUUACUGGAAAAGCGAAGGCCGGGAAGGAGACGUUAUUGAAUUAUGUCAAGUCAGCGACAUCCGAGCGGGUGGAAUGCCAAAGGACAUGAAGCUGUACAAUCAACUCUGCAACAAGCACGGGGAAAACGUCGAGGAAAAAUCUCUAACCAUCUGCUCGGGCACGGACUACAUCAACAUCAACUAUCAGCAUGUCGUCUGUCCGGAUGCGGCCACGGCAAAGCUUUGGCAGCAAGGACUCCGUGACAUCACGCAUAACGUCAAAAUUAACAACGUAUGUCCCCGGACGAACCUGAUGAAGCAUUGGAUGCGGUUGGGUUUCCUGGUCGAUCCCCGUGGUAAGGUUCCCGUCAAGGUGGUGGCUCGAACAUUCGCCUCCGGCAAAACGGAAAAGCUGGUCUAUCAGAUACUCUCCGAUUUGGGGCUACCGAGUGGCAAAAACGACGCGAUCGAAAAGGCUGACUUUACGUUCGAAAGGUUCUACGAGCUGUACCACAAGAUCUGCCCUCGUAACGACAUCGAGGAGCUGUUCCGGUCGAUUACACAGGGCAAGGCGAACUCCAUCAAUCUGGAUCAGUUCAUCAACUUCCUGAACGAAAAGCAGCGUGAUCCGCGCCUAAACGAGAUCCUCUACCCGCUGUACGAUGAAAAGCGUGCGCUCGAAAUCAUCAACACCUACGAGCAGAACGAUGAAUCCCGAGAAGCGAAAACCCUCACCAAGGACGGCCUGAUUCGGUACCUGAUGUCGGACGAGAACGCGCCCGUCUUCCUCGACCGGCUCGACAUCUACAUGGACAUGGAUCAGUCGCUUUCCCACUACUACAUCAAUUCGUCCCACAACACGUACCUGUCCGGGCGGCAGUUCGGUGGCAAGAGUUCGGUCGAGAUGUACCGCCAGACGCUGUUGGCCGGGUGCCGAUGCGUCGAGCUCGACUGCUGGGAUGGUAAGGGUGAAGACGAGGAACCGAUCAUCACGCACGGCAUGGCCAUGUGCACGGACAUCCUGUUUAAGGAUGUGAUCUACGCGCUACGUGAUACGGCCUUCGUCACCUCCGACUAUCCGGUGAUCCUGUCGUUCGAGAACCACUGCUGCAAAUCGCAACAGUACAAGCUGGCCAAGUACUGCGACGAGAUCCUGGGCGAUCUGCUGCUGAAGGAACCGAUCCAGGACUUCCCACUCGAACCGGGUGCACCGCUGCCGCCACCGUCCGCGCUCAAGCGCAAGAUCCUGAUCAAGAACAAGCGCCUCAAGCCGGAGGUGGAGAAGAAAGAGCUCGAACUGUUCCUACAGGGCGAGUUCGUGAUUGAGGACGAAGACAAGGAAGACGCGAGUGCGGUCGAUGUCAGUAAGAUGGCGGAGUUGGGUGCACCGGCGGCAGCAGCAGCGGCCCCAGUGGCAGCGGCCGCCGCCUCACAGGAUGGUGGCGAAGAGGCACCACCGGUCCAGUACACCGGAUCAACGACCAACGUGCACCCGUGGCUGUCGUCGAUGGUGAACUACGCGCAACCGAUCAAGUUCCAGUCGUUCGAUUACGCGGACAAGAAGAACAUCCACCACAACAUGUCGUCGUUCGCGGAGACCACCGGCAUGAACCUGCUCAAGUCGCAGGCGAUCGAGUUCGUGAACUACAACAAGCGGCAGAUGUCGCGCAUCUACCCGAAGGGCACUCGGGCCGAUUCGUCCAACUACAUGCCGCAGGUGUUCUGGAACGCUGGCUGUCAGAUGGUGUCACUCAAUUUCCAAACCUCCGAUCUGCCGAUGCAGCUGAACCAGGGCAAGUUCGAGUACAACGGCAACUGCGGGUAUCUGCUGAAGCCGGAUUUCAUGCGGCGAGCCGAUCGUAGCUUCGAUCCGUUCGCGGACGCACCGGUCGAUGGCGUGAUCGCGGCGUCCUGUGCUGUACAGGUGAUCGCCGGCCAGUUCUUGUCGGACAAGAAGGUGGGCACGUACGUCGAGGUGGACAUGUACGGUUUACCGUCGGAUACGGUGCGCAAGGAGUUCCGGACGCGCAUGGUACCGGCGAACGGGCUCAACCCGGUGUACAACGAGGAACCGUUCCUGUUCCGUAAGGUCGUGUUGCCGGAUCUGGCCGUGUUGCGGUUCGGCGUGUACGAUGAGAACGGCAAGCUGCUCGGACAGCGCAUUCUCCCGCUGGACGGGCUGCAGGGUGGAUACCGGCACAUCUCGCUCCGUACCGAAGCCAACUUCCCCAUGUCGCUGCCAAUGCUGUUCUGUAACAUUGAGCUGAAGAUUUACGUGCCGGACGGGUUCGAGGAUUUCAUGGACGCGCUGUCCGAUCCGCGCGCGUUUAUGGGCGCCGCGAAGGAACGCUCCGACAACAUGAAGGCGAUGGGCAUCGAGGAGACGGGCAAGAAGGAUAAGGAAGAUCAGAGCCGCAAGGAUGAGCAACGCGUGACUGAACCACCGCUCGUUUUCGAUCCGAUCACCGUCGACUCGCUGCGCCAGGAGAAGGGCUUCCAGAAGACGGCCAAGAAGCAGCAGAAGGAGCUGGACGCGGUCAAGAAGAAGCACGCCAAGGAGCGGGCGGGCGUGCAGAAGCAACAGAACUCGGCGAUCGAGCGGCUGAUCAAGGGCAAGAGCAAGGACGAAAUCAAGGCCGAUCCGGCGGUGCGCAAGCUGAUCCAGGAGCAGAACGCCCAGUGGACGGAGAUGGCCGAACGGCACAAGAAAGAGGAAUGGGACCUGCUGAAGCAGCAGCUCGGCGAUCAGCAGGACAUCCUGCGCAAGCUCAUGGAGACGACGCAGGCAGGUCAGAUGAAGCAGCUCGAGGCGAAGCACGAGCGCGAGAUCAAGGAGCUGAACAGCCGCCAGGCGAAGAUCUCGGUCGAAACGUCGAAGGAAGUCGCCAACGACAAGACACUCAAGACCAAGGGCGAAAAGGACCGACGGUUGCGCGAGAAAAAGCAAAACAACAUCAAACGGUUCAUGGAUGAGAAAAAGACUGCCACCAUUAAGCAGAAUCGGGAGAAGGAAAAGCUGAAAGUGACCCACGACAAGCAGCUGGAGGAGCUGGCGAACGAUGUUCAAAAGCUCAUCGAAAUGUACAAAGUGGACGAGGAGGAAUACAAGCUGGCAUCGAAAUACGAAUUUUUCGCCUAAACUAGUGGCAUCUCCUCAAGCUCUUCGGGAAGAAGGAGGGCUCAUCUUCUUCAUAUCGAGGCGCAAAUGUAGAAGUCGUACGUGGCGGUCAUCAUGUGGCCAACAAAGGGUGCGAAAUGAUCCGAUGGUAGAUCAGCAAAAAUCGACGACGACGCGACGGCUACAUGUGCGCAAUAUGCCCCGCAGAACCGAGAGUGGUACCCUUAAAUACGAAGAAACUAUACAUAUAUACCUAGCGAAAGAGACACUAGAGCAGGGGGUUAGAGCACCGAAGAGAGCCGAAAGAGUUAUUUAUGAAUCCGCGGGAACAAGUUGAACA